UUUAGAUCUGUCUAACCUUUCCCAUUUUCACAUAUUUAAUAACCAUCAAAAAUGGCUAACUAAACUGAAUAACAACUCAACAUAUCAAAUUAAGACAACCUGAAUGGUCUUGAUAAUCAAUUACCCAUCUUGUCCUUCCUGAAGAGACCAAAAAAUAAGAAUCCUAAAAAAUCACUGAAUAGUAAACAAUAUGAAUAAUAAAACUGUGACUAUUAAAUCGAAGUGAUUAACCACAAAAUUGUAGAAAAAUAAUUUACAAUCUAUUAAAUUAAAGUGACUUAUGGAUCACUUUAUUGGAUAUUUUAAACCAGAUAUAGUCUUCUAGAAGGACUCCACUCAAAGUUGAACAAAGACGUGUCCCAACGACUUACCAAAUUUCCUGAAAAACGACUCUUUGGUAACAUGGAUCAGCACUUUGUUCAAAAAAGAAAAAUUGAAAUCAAUUAAUACCUCAAAAGCUUAAUCCAAUAUGGAAAGAAUGAAAAGCCCGUGAAGGACUUUAUCAAGUAAUCUUAAAAAGCCGCCAUUGAAAUCAACGAUCCCUGCGAGCUGAAGCAUUUUAAACUGGACCUAUGAAGUAACAGAAAUAUCAAUAUA